UCGCGUUUUUACGAUACGCCCGUUUUCAUGCUCCCAAUGUCUCGUGUACCAGCUGCAAAGAGACGGAGACUGUCGCCUCCCGAGGCCGAUGGUGCUGCUUCCCCGCCAUCCAAGGAUUCAAGUUCGAAUAUCGUCGCCAAUGCUUCCAAAUGGAAUCUCGAACAGGAUUACGAACAGCGUCCGCGCAAAGUCAAGAAACAAAAGGAAAACGGGAAAUUGCCUGUGCGGACUGCAGAUGGAUGGGAAGCACCAGCCAUGGCGCCUGAGCAAGAGAAGCGGGAGGAUGACUCGGACAGUUUUCUGGGAUCCGGUGAAGAUGAGAGUGCCGAACAAGAAGCCCAACUCGAGAAUGAGGCGGUAGAAGAGCCCAAAAUACCGCCGCGGCAACAGAUUCUCGAGGCCAAGGAGGAGCUUGCGCGAAUCGCAGGCCUGGUCAACGAAGACCCUGAGGAGCAUAUUGGGGCUCUGAAGACAUUGGCAGCCAUCGCCGCAUCCCCGAACGUGACCGUCCGGAAGCUUGCACUCAUGACACAGUCCGCGAUCUACAAAGAUCUUAUCCCCGGCUACCGUAUACGACCGUUAUCCGAAGAGAACAUGACCGAGAAGGUUUCCAAGGAAGUGCGCAAACUCAGGAAUUUCGAGCAGAAACUUGUCUCGGGUUAUCAAGCCUACAUUGACAACCUAGCCAAGCUCGCGAAACCGAAUGGUCCGGGCAAGCGCGCAUCAGAGCAAUCGUCGGGACUCGCCUCGGUGGCCAUUACCUGCGCAUGCAGCAUGCUGCUCGCUGUACCGCACUUCAACUUCCGUGGAGAUCUUUUGCAAAUCUUAGUGGGCAAGCUUAGUACGAGACACGUUGACAAAGAUUUUGUGGCGUGCAGGAAAACCUUGGAACAGCUUUUCAGAGAAGAUGAAGACGGCACUGCGUCGCUGGAAGCAGUCACAAUGCUCACCAAGAUGAUGAAGGCGAAAAAUUACCAUUUUGACGAGAGUGUUCUCAAUACAUUUCUCCACCUUCGACUACUUUCGGAGCUUUCUGUGAAAGCUUCCUACGAUUCGGUUGAUAAACCUGAGGAGCAAGACUAUGCUGGAAAGAAAAUCAAGCAACAGCGGGAAUUCCGGACGAAGAAGCUGCGUAAACAAAUGAAGGAGAAUAAGAAAAUCGCAAAGGAGAUGGAGGAAGCGGACGCUGUUGUCAGCCACGAAGAACGCGAUCGGAUGCAAUCGGAGACUUUGAAGAUGGUGUUUGUUGCAUAUUUCCGGAUUCUGAAAGCUCGCUCACAGAAGCUUAUGGGCGCUGUGUUAGAAGGAUUGGCAAAGUAUGCGCAUCUUAUCAACCAACAUUUCUUUGGCGACAUAUUGGAGGCAUUGCGUGAUAUCAUCAGUACCGCCGAGCUCUGGGCGGCGGCGGCGGCUGAUGAUGAUGAUGAGGAAAACGAUGAAGAAGAAGACGAGGACGACGAGUUGCCAGAACGAAACCUUACACGUGAAUCGCUACUUUGUGUCAUCACGGCUUUUGCGUUGCUCCAAGGCCAGGACGUGGCAAAAUCGGCUUCGACACUCAAACUUGAUUUGAGCUUUUUCAUCACUCAUCUCUAUCGCACGUUGCAUGCAGUGUCUUUGAACCCGGAUAUCGAAUUCAGCGUGAAUUCAUUGCACUUGCCUGACCCUAACGCCCCAGAGGCGCAAACACCGACAACGAACAAAGUCAACGUACAAACCACUAUAGUGCUUCUUAUCCGCUCGUUAUCCUCGGUUCUUCUGCCGCCCACUGCACUACGUGCUGUGCCUCCUCUUAGAAUAGCUGCUUUUUGCAAACAGCUCAUGACGAUCGCGUUGCAGCUCCCAGAGAAAUCGUGCACGGCUAUGCUUGGCCUGCUCACUCAGGUCACUAAAGCUCACGGACGCAAGGUCAAUGCUCUCUGGAUUACCGAGGAGCGAAGAGGAGAUGGUGUAUUCGAUGCGCUCAAGCCUGAGAUUGAAGGAAGCAAUCCGUUCGCAGGGACUGUGUGGGAAGGGGAGUUGCUACGGAAGCACUACUCUCCGACCAUCAGACAAGCGGUAGUCGGAGUGGAAAAGAAUGUCUUGGAUGCAAGGUAG